ACGCUACGCUCUCGUCAGUCAGUCGCACGCUGACUGUUGCAGAAGUGGGUUCGUUCAACCUUGAUUUCGCGAUGUCGGAGGUAUUCAAACUGGGUGAUCUAGUAUGGGCGAAAAUGAAGGGAUUCUCGCCGUGGCCCGGCCGGGUGUCAGUUCCUUCAAAGGAUUUAAAGAAGCCUGCCAAUACAAAAAAGGGACCAGUACAGUGUAUUUUCUUCUUCGGCACAAACAAUUAUGCAUGGAUAGAAGAGUCUCACAUUAAACCAUACCAAGAAUACAAAGAUACUCUAGUGAAGUCCAGCAAAUCUGGUGCAUUUAAAGAUGCCGUUGAAGCUAUAGAAGAUUUUAUUGCCAAAGGAGAGGUGUUUGAUGACGGGUUGGAUCCGGAUUCUUUGUUUGACAAACUUAAAGAAGAAACUAUAGCUGCUGAAAAAAAGCCUGUUGUGAAAGCAUCUAAACCACGCAAGGAAACACCAAAACCACCUAAACGGAUAAACGACAACAACACAAGUGAACGACGACCUGCUAAAAAGCAGCGUAGAGAAUCAAAUGCUAGUAAUAGCAACAGACUCGGCAGUAUCAGUCCUACAGUAAAUCAUUCUUCUCCAACUAGAAAAACAGGCUCGCUUUUGAAUAGACCAGCAAAUAUAGCCAGACCUGUUACGCCGCCGCUUGAUGUUGAAACUAUGUCGCAAACUCUGAAAGACAAAAAUAUUCUUCCAUCUAAUCUCAAAUUUGGUUUUCUUGGACUCGGCAUCAUGGGUAGUGGCAUUGUGAAAAAUUUGAUCAAUAGUGGUCACAGCGUAAUCGUGUGGAAUCGGACACAGGAAAAGUGCGCGGAUUUUGUCAAGGCAGGAGCGGACCAAGGUUUGACACCGUCUGAUGUUGUUUUAGCAGCCGAUAUCACGUUCUCCUGCGUUGCUGAUCCUCAAGCCGCCAAAGACAUGGUAUUCGGUAACUGCGGCGUUUUGACGGAGAUAUCUCCCGACAAAAGCUAUGUCGAGAUGACUGGCAUUGACGCGGAGACAUCGCAAGAUAUCGCCGAAGCGAUAAACGGCAAAGGAGGUCGUUAUUUGGAAGCGCAGGUGCAAGGAAGCAAAACACAGGCGCAGGAAGGCACUUUGGUGAUACUCGCCGCUGGUGAUCGAUCACUUUUCGAUGAGUGUCAGUCUUGUUUCGAAGCAAUGGGCAAGAACAGCUUUUAUCUUGGCGAAGUCGGCAACGCUUCCAAGAUGAACCUUGUGCUUCAAUUGAUGGCUGGCGUGACUGUGGCGGCUCUUGCCGAGGGUAUGGCGCUCGCAGAUCGUGCUGGUCUUCAGCAAAGGGAUGUUCUAGAAGUUCUGGAAUUAACAUCCUUAGCCUGUCCGGCGAUUCUUGAAAAAGGCAAAGCGAUCAUCGAAGGCGGUUUCCCUACUCAACUACCGUUGCAACACAUGCAGAAAGAUUUGAGACUGUCUCUUGGCAUGAGCGAUCAGCUGGAGCAGCCAUUGCCAUUGGCUGCUGCGGCCAACGAAGUGUACAAGCACGCGAAACGUCUCGGAUACGGUGAACACGAUGCUUCGGCAGUUUAUAUAAGAGCCAGGUUCUAACGCAACAUACACAUUGCGUUAUCACCGAGCUUCUGCUACACCGUAUUUAUUGCGAUACCCGACGUUGUUUCCCGCCACUACUUGAGGAAAACUUAAUUGUUUUAAAUCUAUCUCUCUCGCGCUGAAAACAAUUAUAAAUAAUUGAUAACAAUUAUCGUAACUAACUGUAUGAUAAAAGAAUGAGAGAGAGAGAGAGAGAGAGAGAGAGAGAGAG